AACACACCCAGACAGAGCCUUCUGACAUCCUGGUUCAUGGAAAGAACCAGGGACUGAUACAAAGUCAGCACGAUCGACCAGAAGACAAAGAGGGGAGGAGGGAGGGCAGAGAGAAUAGAUGCAAAAAGACCGUCAGAGAAAACCUGGGGGGAAAGAUGCACAAGAGCUGCAUCAGUUAUUGUUCACAAGGAACAAAAAACAAUGUCUCCGUGAAUGGGAGCUGGUGAGCUCAACCACAAGGCGAGUGCAAUGAGCAGCCAGGCAGAUUUCAGUGGCUGGUGCUGCUGAGACCCAAUCUUCUCUCCCUCUGUCUCUGCCAGCUAGGACUGAGCCUCGAUUAAACACAGCGUGUGGCGUGGAGACUCCUCUGGUUUCUGCUUUCAGGGCUGCUCCCCUCCCUGCUGCCUCCGGCUGUGUUUGAGCUAUGGUCCUGACUGGGAGGCAGGGCAUCACCCAGAUGCAGGACUCUGACUGUAUGGGAGGUUAAGCCUGUAAACACCGCCAUGGGAGCCAAACAGAUGAAAUGCCUGAGCUCAGCCAGCCCUGUUCACUCCCCCAAAGAAGAGAACCUUAUUAGCCAUCCCACUGACACCUCUAAAGAUGAAACGGUCCAUGAUCAGUCUAAGGACCAGGGGGAGCCCCUAGAUGAAAAACCUGGGCUGACAGAGAAAAAAUCUGUCAUAGAAGAGGUGUCUCUCUGUGGAUUCUGUCCCUCCCUCGGGCAUGAUGGACAGGAUGAAGGGAAGUCCUGGGAGGAGCAGCUGGACGCCCACCAGGAGCAGUUAGAGAAGGAGAUGCAUGAAGCCAGGAGGAUGGUGUUCCGCCUACAGGCUUUGCUGCUCCACGGCUCCCUCCCCGAGGAGGACCAGGAUGGAUCUGGGAGCGUCGGAGAUAACCGGACUAACGCUGAACAGCAGCUGGUUCUAACCCGCAGUCGUCUGGACCAAAGCAUGGAGGAAGUCCUUGAUCUCAAGAGGGAACUGCUAAGACACAAACAGGAGACGCGCCACAUUCAGGCCAUCAAGGAUGCUCUGCAGCAGCGCCUGGCAGUGCAGGAGGAUGCUGUGCUGCAGCUAAAGCAGGAGCUACUGAGGUGCAACAUGGCCAAAGAUCAGCUGGAAGGGGAGAAUACAGAGCUCAAAUGCAAGUUGAGCGAAAGGAGCAAGCUACUCAGUGAAUAUGAGCAGCAGCUCGGGAAGAAGGACAGAAUACUGCAGCAACAAAGGCUCGAUGAAGCUCAGCAUAAAGCACAUGAUGGCAGCCUUGGACGGUCGUUCAGGAGUGACAGUGGUGGUUACAGUAACUCUGUGGCUUCGACUACCCCUCCAGCCUUCCAGCACAGUGCACCAGGUGAAGAGCUACAGCUGGUCAGGGAGGCCUUGCGUAGUUUGAGGGACAGUUUUUCUGGCCACGACCCUCAGCAUCACACCCUGGACACUCUGGAGCAGGGUGUGUCCAGUCUCAUGGACCGAUUACACUCGUUGGACACCCAGUGCAGACAGGACAGACGGGAGGAAUUUAAAUCACCAGGACGCAGAGCCAACUCCACAGACCGGGACUCCUGGCCGCCGAGCUCAAAAAUGGCGCAUUCGCACAGCAGUCCAGGAUUGGACACCACUGUCUCCACUAAAGUGCUCUACUUCACUGAUCGCUCACUCACUCCAUUUCUGAUUAACAUCCCAAAAAGACUGGGUGAGGUGACACUGCGGGACUUUAAGGCUGCUGUAGACAGACAAGGCAAUUUCAGAUACCACUUCAAGGCCCUUGACCCAGAGUUUGGCACGGUGAAAGAGGAGGUGUUCCAGGAUGGGGCGGUCGUGCCUGGCUGGGAGGGGAAGAUUGUAGCCUGGGUGGAGGAGGACCAUGGAGAGAGGAGGUAAAGCCAGAAAACCAGAGAUCACCACAACAAACCUCAGCUGAUGCCACUGGACCUGCACUCCACUUAAAAUUCUUGUGAUGCCAUAACAGAGCUCAAUUAACUGGGACCAAUGGAUGUAACACCAUUUUGAUAUGAAGUCAUGUUUUAAAAGUGAAUGUUUCAUAUGAAAAAUUUGACUUGACCACUUUUUUUUUUGAAGGAAUGCAUAUUAGACAUUGUCUGCAGCUCAUAAAUUAAUAUGUGGGACAACCAAUUAUUAAUGGUCAGUAAUGUUAAUGAAACUGAAUUAUUGUUAAUGUGAUUUACAAUAAAUAACACGUGAUAAGUUGUGCUCUACGAAACUGUAAUCGGUGUGUAGUACGCAAACCUUUAAAGUGUUUACUGACAUUUUUCACAUGCUCCAGAUUGCCAAAUAGUGAUGUUGAUGUUCUGCAGCUAUUUUGUUGUUUUAAUAAACAUGAAUUAUUGCAUGGAU